AUGUCCUUUGACGCCAUGUCCCUCAGGGAUAAUGGCCCCGUCUCCCCGAUCGACCACCACCACCACCACCAACAGCAGUACCAGCACCAGCAGCCGUACCAGCAGCAUCAACGCCGCUACUCUCAGUACGGGUCUGAGCGCGCUCCGACCAGCCCCCUGACGCGCAAGGGGACCAAUGGUCAUAGCACUGUCUCCGGUAUGAACGGUGGUAAUACUACCCCUGGCUACCAGUCCCAGCGCAACAGCAUGGGAAUGAACAAUGGGAGUCAGAGCAUGAAUGCCAAGCGACAGUCGAAUCGCAUGUCCCUCGCCAGUGUGGGUUACUGUUAG